AUGAGCAGCGCCGGGGAAGCCACGAAGUCCCCCAAGAAACACCGCAGCAAAUCUGCUGCUGCUCCUGCUGCUGCUGCUGCUGCUGCUGCUGCUGGGUCGACUGCAGCAGCAGCGCAACCAAAUGCACAGUCUGUGGCUGCCUUCUGCGUAGCAGCUGUUGAAUCGAGCAGCAGCAGCAGCAGCAGCAGAUCUGCUGCUGCUGCUCGUCUACUGUCUUGCUGCCGCGAUGGGUCUCUUGUCGCGGCAGCAGAAUAUCUAUGGAAGUCUGACGGCACAAUCUCCAAGAUUGCUGUCUCUAACAGCCUAACAUUGGAGACCUAUACUCUGCCAGAUGCUGUGGACGUACAGCCCAACUGUGGCUGCUGCUUCGUACCAGCAGCAACAGGUUCUGCUGCUGCUGCUGCUGCUACUACUACCUUCGUAGUGGCAGGUGCAGCAGCAGGCGAAGUUGUCGCACUCAAACAACGCAGCAGCAGCAGCAGCAGCAAACAGGCUGCUUUGUCGCUGCCCACUGCACCAACUGCAGCGCUCAAGAUUGCUGCUCGUGCCGAGGUGGGAGGUCGUCUGCUGCUGCUUCUGCCGCUGCGAGUGCAGCAGGAACAGCAGCAGGAGCAGGAGGAAGAAGAAGAGGAAGAAGAAAAGGAGGGCGAACGAUACAGGGAUGCUGUCUUGGCUGUUAGCUUGCUGCUGCCAAAGAAGGGGAGCAGCAGCAGCAACAGCAGCAGCGGCAAGAAGCAGCCUUCUCUGUUGUGUACAUUAAUGGAUGCCUAUACACUCGACGUGCUGCAGACAACUCGCUUGUUGCUGCCGCCUGCAGCAGCAGCUGCUGCUGCUUCCAUGCAUGUAGAAGCAACGCUGCUGCCUUCAGCAGCAACAGCAGCAGCAACAGCAGCAGCAGCAGACGCAGAAGCAGAAUGGCCCCGUGUGCUGCUUGCUGCUGCAGCAGAAGAUGCGGGCGUGUUUUGGUCCUUCUUGAGGCUGCAGGAAGCAGCAGCAAACGGCAGCAGCAGCAGCAGCAGCACAGAGGAGGGCGUGCUGCAACAAUUAGAGCUGGGUGGGCAGACACCCCGUUGCAUUAGCUGUGUUCCGCCAGCUGCUUCACAAACAGCAGCAACAGCAGCAGCAGCUCCUGCUGCUGCACCGCAGCCCGUGCUGGUGGUGGACUCUGCCGAGGGCGAGCUCCUUGUCUUUGCUGUCACCAGCACGCCGAAGGAGUGUCUGCGCUGCGUGAAGCGCAGCAGGCGUUUGCUGCCUACAAAUGCCGCUGCUGCAGCAGGUGCAGCAGCAACAGCAGCAGCAGCCGGUGGCACUAUCAUGCUGUCACCAAGGUGCUGCGUGGAGUGGUGUGCAGCAGCAGCAGCAACAACAGCAACAGCAGCAGCAAAUGGGGAGGCAGUUCGUGCUCUUUGUAUGCCAUCAGUGCAGCAGCAGCAGCAGCAGCAGCGCCAGCAGCCUCUAAUGAUGUUGUGGGAGUGCGAAGGAAAAACAUUUCUUACUCGCUGCUACGCACAGUCACCAUCUGUAGCUGCAGCAGUUGGUAGCUUUGCGGCAGCAGGCGUGGUCGGGGGUGCUGCCUUGGAGGUGCAGCAGCAGCUUUUGCAGCAGCAACUGCAGUCCCUCAGCAAGGAGCAGCAGAAGCUUGCUGGGCAGCUGCUGCUGCUGCCGUCUUCCGGUGAAGAGGACGCCGCGUUGCUGCUGCAGUGGAGACCCCAGCUGCUGCGGGUGCUGCUGCAGCAUGCGCAGCACUUCAGGGCCUCCGUGCUGGCGGGAAGCUUGCUGCAGCUGCAAAUACAGCAGCAGCAGCAGCAGCAGCAGGAUGUUGUGGUGCAGGUACUUAGGCAGCUGGUUGUGUGGCUGCAGCACCAACACUGCGACGCUCUGGAGUCGGAGCAGCAAGUGGAGCUACAGGCCCUGCAGCAGGAGCUGCAGCAGCAGCAGGCGCUGCUGCAGCAAGAGCAGGAAGAGCAGGAAGAGGAGCAGCGGCUACCUCUUCCCGUGCUGCUCGACGUUGCAUGCGGAUUCGUUGAUGCCUUUCUCCCUGCGAGUUUGUAUCCGAGUGUAGAGCGGCAAGAAGCAGCAGAGCUGCAGAAGGUGCGGGGUUUGCUGCUGCUGCUGCAGCAGCAAAUAGAUUUGCUGCUGCAGCAGUAUAGCCCGCAAGAGGAGCAAAAGCUUGAGGGAAAAGUCUUAGGGGCGCUAACAUCCAGGCUAACCCCUCAAGAUCUGGCCGCAGCAGCAGCAGCAGCAGCAGCAGCGUCUGUGCUGCAACAGCAGCAGGUCGCGUUGCAGCAAAGUCGCACUCUACAGCGGCAGCAGCUGAGGCGGGAGCAGCAGCUGCAGCAGCACGUCUAUUGA